AUGUUUCCGGAACCUGUCCUUAAAAAAGAGUAUGGCAUUAUCGGCAAGGACGUGAUAGGUACUUUCAUUCUUUUAUUUAUACUCUUUCUCGCCAUUCUUCGCAUUUACUUCUACCUCCGCCACCUUCCACGACAAAGUUUAAUCUCUUCAAACUCUCUUCCGACUCCCACUUUCACAGAAGAACGGCUUGACCCUUCCGUUCUAAAGUCCCUUCCCAUCUUCACUUACUCUUCCUCCGCCGUCCGCCGUACUCUGCACGACUGUGCUAUUUGUUUGUCGGAGUAUGCGGACGGGGAUGAAUGCCGUAUGCUUCCAAACUGUGACCAUGUUUUUCAUUCUCAGUGUAUUGAUGCGUGGUUUGCUUCUCACUCUAAUUGUCCUCUAUGCCGAGCUCCGGUCCAACCGGUGACGGUUGAGUCUCGGGUUGAACCGGGGGAGGGUAGUUUGUAUUUUCCUGAACCGAUUGGAUGUCCGCGAAGGCCGUUUAGAGUAAUUAUUGAUAUGCAACCAGAGGUUUUUCGGAUGGAAUCUCAUACUCGAGGAUAA